CACCAACAGGAGACGUGAUUGGACAACGUGCGCACACGUUUGCAUUUGGGGCGGGAUUUGUUUAGAAUGCGGGGACACUGUAUGUGUUUAUUUAUUUAUUGUUCAACUCUGUGGGAAUGUUAAAAUGUCUGAGGAUCAGGAAGCACAGGAUGAUGAACUGCUGGCUCUAGCGAGUAUUUAUGACGAUGAAGAGUUUCGUCGAGCUGAGUCGGGCAGGGAAGGAGAGAUCCAUCUGUGUCUGGGGCUUCCACAUGACUUCAAGUUGCUGGUCAGCGGGGAGACAUCUGUGGAGUACCAUGUGUCGUUUCUGCCUCCUCUGGUCUUGAGUUUCGAGCUUCCUGUCGAUUAUCCUUCCUCAGCAGCGCCGGUGUUUACCCUAAGCUCCAAAUGGCUCUCUAGACUCCAGCUGACCUCUCUGUGUAAGCGUCUGGAUAAGCUGUGGGAGGAGAAUCACGGCAGCGUGGUGCUCUUCACCUGGAUCCAGUUCCUCAAAGAGGAGGCUUUGGACUUCCUGGGUCUGCAGUCUCCUCUGGAAAUCCCCAGCAAUAGCAGCAAGCAUUUUCAGCUGGAACGCGGCAGAACUGAUGGCGCCGCCAGGCUAGAAGAAAGCGGUGGUGCAGAGAAGAAGAAGAUGUCACAGCUGGACCCUCGCGCCGUCCUAGAGGCCGUGUCGCGCCACGACCUGCUGCGUCAGCUCCUGGACUUCGACGAGGCUCAGAAGCAGAAGGUGUUCGACAGUAAGGUGUUCUUCUGUGGGAUCUGCAUCACUGAGAAGCUGGGCUCCAGCUGUGUGAUGUUUAAAGAGUGUCAGCAUGUUCACUGCAGGGACUGCGUCAGGGAAUUCUUUCAGGUCCAGAUCCGAGACGGCAAAGUUCAGUGCCUUACGUGUCCCGAGCCUGAGUGUACCUCGGUAGCCACACCUUCUCAGGUGAAACUGCUUGUUGAAGCGGACGAGUUUGCACGAUACGACCGCCUGCUGCUGCAGAACAGUCUGGACCUGAUGGCGGACGUUGUGUACUGCCCUCGCACUUCCUGUUGCAUGGCUGUGUUGCUGGAGCCCAACUCCACCAUGGGCCUGUGUCCGUCCUGCCAGUACGUCUUCUGUAUCCUGUGCAAGCACGCUUACCACGGUCUCUCACACUGCAUACCGUCUGUCGAUGGGCUCCAUAAUCUGCCGGAGGAAUAUCUGGCUGCUUCUGAGGAAGAGAAGAAGUUCCUGGAGCAGCGUUUUGGAAAGAAGGUGAUCCAGCGUGCAGUAGAAGAAUCCUUCAGUAUGAAGUGGUUGGAUGAGAACUCAAAAAACUGCCCUCGCUGUAACAUGCACAUUCAGAAGAUGCAAGGCUGCAACAAAAUGACGUGCACCUCCUGUCACCAGUUCUUCUGCUGGCUCUGUCUGACUCCUCUGUCGCGAGUGAAUCCCUACAGCCACUUCAACAAUCCCAACAAUCUCUGCUUCAAUCAAUUGUUCCAGGGUGUAGACGAAGAAGAGUUUUCGAGUGAUGAAGACGAGUGAAAAUGAGUUGAGUGGCAGCACCUGGAGUGCAGUAAAACCUGCUCUGUUCUGCAUACAUCAGGAUUUUCUUUUUCACAGUUUUCCAGAAUCUAACGGAUGAUAACGGUGAAGGAGAUGAAGAAAAGCUAACAGUCCAAAUGGAGCUUAUUGAAAGGAAGCAGUCUGUGUGAAUGUUCAUUACAUUCUAGAGUUAAGUUCAGAAAUGUCAAGAACAUCGGACAUGGUUUCUGUUCUGUUCUAAUAAUUUGUCAGUAAAUGGUGGAAUAAAGUUGAUCUUAUGAAAGUU